AGUGGGGCAUCGCAUUCCUCUAUAAAGCAAAAGAGAAAAGGUUCAAAGAAAUAAUCAAACAACUCCAAUAUCACAAGCUCAACCUAUCAACCAAUUCUUCCAGUUCAAUCCAUGACCCACAUCACAAAUCCCCAAAUCCUUUCUUUGUUUUGCUGAUGAAGAAGCCACCCUCAAUGCUUGCUUAAUUUGUAAUCUGUAAACUCGUCAAAUUAUAAGCUAAUUGGGUUUUCAAAGAUUGUUGCUUUUCACUGUAAGUUAUCAACAAGACCAAAAGAGUUUCCAUUGAUCAACUUUGCUCCAAAGAUACACUAUUUCCUUAUUUGGUGCAUCAUAAAGUGUAUCACUAUUUAAGUGAUUUUUUUUAAGUCAAAAUGGGCCUAUCAAGUCUUCCAGCACCAUCUGAAGGAGUGUUGUGCAUAAUACUAGUAAACACUGCCAUGUCAAUAUCCAUAUUCAAAGGGAUUAUUAAAACUAUCCUCCAUAUAAUUGGUAUCAUUGCUUCACCACCAUCAUCAUCCUCAACUUCAGAUGAUUCAUUUGAGUUCCAUCUCAGUCCUUCAGAUGAUUUCAUUGAAGAGUUCAGAAGCAUGACACCAACACUUAGGUUUGAGAGUGUGUGCAGUAGCUGCAAAGAGCCUGAACAUGAUUGUUCAGUGUGUCUCACUCAAUUUGAACCAGAAUCUGAGAUAAACUACUGUUUAUCUUGUGGACAUCUUUUCCAUAAAGUUUGUUUGGAGAAGUGGUUGGACUAUUGGAACAUUACAUGUCCACUUUGUAGGACUCCUUUGAUUCCUGAAGAUGAUGCUGCAUCUUGCUUUUCAUGAGCAAUGAUUAAAGUAUGCACAAGCUUCUUCAUGUACAGUGUAUAUAUUUGUGACAAUUUUGAUGUUACUAUGUAUGUGACUUUCUUUUUAGCCUUCUUAGUGCUUUGCCUUUUAUGAUGUAGAGUUAGUGGAGGGUUUUGUUUUGUUUACUCUGUUUUUUUUUUCUUUCUCUGUAUCUGAUGUUGCCAUAUAAAGACCAGUAUAUACUUUUUGGUUA